ACGUAAACCAUUAUGCGUAAAAUAAUUAUACCUCACGGGUUAAAUAUGGUUAACUAGGUAUUUAAACUUUUUAAGACAUAAUUAAUGAUGUCGUCUAGAAGCAUCGUGAACUUCGUGAUUGUUGCCACCUUCGUAAAAUUACCAUGCAAGGUAAAAAAAACUGUGAAAUAUUGUUGGGGUUCUUUUUUGUCGAAUAUUUUCGGGGUGUUAUGAAAUGAAUUUAGCACUAUGGCUAAAAAAGAAAAAAAAAAAGAGGACUGAAUCAUUAAUUUUUUACAAUUUAAUUAAAUAUAAUCGUCUAUUUCUUUGUCCCCAAGUUGAGUAUACCCAUAAUAUAAAUACCUCUCAUUAGCCUCCCCAUUGUUUCAUACUCAGCUUUCCUCUUUACACGUUAAGUGAGAAAGUUAACAAAAAAAAAAGAAGUUGAGAGAAUUAUCAAAAAGAAAUUGUCUAAAGAAAAAAUGAGACUGUUGAGCGUCAGAUCGAAUUCAGAAGAUGUGGCGAUGCACGCAACGUCAGGAUCGUCUUCAGCUUCCGUGAAUCACGGUACGGUACCGCAGUCGCCGUGGCACUCACCGGUUCCUUAUCUCUUCGGCGGUUUAGCGGCGAUGCUUGGACUCAUAGCCUUUUCUCUUCUCAUCCUCGCAUGCUCUUACUGGCGCCAUUCCGGCGAAGAAGGUGGUCGGAACGGCGGGGAAGUGGACGAAGAGAAAGAGAGUCGGUCUGGGGACAAGGUGGCGAGCGGAGCGUACGAGGAGAAGUUUCUAGUCAUUAUGGCCGGAGAAAAUUUGCCAAGGUUUCUUGCGACGCCGACGGUGAAAAAGUGUACGUGCGGUGUUCAGGAGGGUAAAAUGGUAAUUUCUCAGGAGGAUAAUGUUGUUGCUGAAGAGGAGAAGCAGAUGGGAGAAGGUGAAGAGAAGGUGAAAGAUACAGGAGAACCAACAACAAGUCACUAAGCUUUAAUUAAUUUCUUUUUUGUUUCUUCUUCUUGUUUAUGAGAGUUUUCUAGAGAAAUUUUCCUUGUUGUGAUUCCUAAGAAUGUAAAUUUUACUAUAGGGCAAGAUUUUGGGGUUUUACUUAUUUUGUAAUGUUUUUAUAUUUUGUUAUACUAAAUCCUUUAUUUAAAUU